UUGACAACUACAAAAAAAGUCUUAUAAAAAAAAGCAUAAACCUGUUUUACAAACGUAUUCAUUUGUUUUAGUGUCUUCCGGUUGAUUUAUUGUGAAAAUGUUGUUGAGUCGCCAUGGUGCUACACUGCGAUGUCAGCUUGAUAAGAAGAAAGCCCGGCCAGGGACUCCUCCGAGCCUGGGAGUCGUCGAGCAAAGGCGACAGGGACGCGGCGUCCAGGAGUCUUUCGACGGCUCCAAAUAUGAGGGCGAGUUUGUAAAUGGCUUCAAACACGGCAAGGGAAAAUACACUUGGAAAAGUGGGGAGUUCUAUGAGGGCUCUUUCUACAAAGACUACAGACAUGGCGAUGGAGUGUACUGUUGGCCAUCAGGCCACACAUUCACUGGCAAAUUUUACCUCAACUGGAGAGAAGGAUACGGCCAACAGUUGUUUCCAGAUGGAUCCACAUUCAAGGGUUUGUACCAAGCUGACCAGAGGUUCGGUCCAGGUGUGCUGAGUGUGUCGUCAGGACAUCAGGAUGUGGGUUUUUGGUAUGGCAAACAUCUGAUACAACUCUGUCACACGGCACAAGACAGCUUCAGCCUGAAAGACUUUACCGAAUAUACUGACUUCUUGGAGGAAACUACCUCACAUUGUCAAAGUCAGAUAGAACCAGAAGAAGGCUGGCUGCUUCAAGACAAAGAUGUUGCCCUCGCCCCGGGUAUUGAGAGGUAUUCUAUAAAUGGUGACCACCUACCAUUGCCCCCAGGGCGCAGAAGAGAGUUUGACCAACAUUUUUACGGAAAGCUGUGGGAGCCGGAUGUUGACGAGUACCAAGGCUACAAACGAGACCCACAUGCCGAUCUGUCCACACGAGCCCGAAUGCUGUUGCACAUUCACAAACACAGACAACAGGCUGAACAUUUAGACUGGAAUGUUUCAGCAAUUCUUUCAUUAGAAAGGGACCGUUUUGGACCGAAAGGAGCCUUGGAAGUGGCAUCCGAGCUGUUGAUCCAGCAGGCUACAAGAGGGGAACGACAGGCUGUUUUGAAGAUUCUUACUGAUGGCGUUAUUCACCCUGACGUAGCAGACUUCCAGGGACACACUGCACUGAUAGCUGCCACGGUGAACUGCCACAAUGAUGUAGUCCAGCUGUUGUUAGACAUGGGUGCCGACAUUGACAAGCUAAACAACGAGGGGAUGUCGGCCUUAGCUGUAUGUCACGUUCUCUACUACCCCAUUCAGUCUCUUUGCACGCUUGCCGGACUUACACCCAAAGCUCAAAUCAGCCCGGUGGAUUCCCCUGCAAACGUCACUUACACUAAGCGAUUAAAAAGAAAAGUAAGAACCAUAAGUGAGGACAGCAAUUCGGAAGAAGACGCAGAUCAGAUAAUAACAGAUGUUUCUGAGGCUGAAGGGAGUGAUAAGGAUGACGACGAAAGCGAAGAAGAACAAAUGCAGCUUUCCGAAUUGUCCAUUCAGGUGAAGGAUGACGACUUCAUACUCGGUACUGUGAAGUGGAAAAAGUAUUCAUCCGGAAAUGUUGAGCUUUCUUUGCAGCAAGAUAGUAACCAGAACCUGACUCCAGCACAUUCCUUUCCCUCUACCAGUUCCGUGUACAGCUUCCACAUAGAAAUCACGGAGGAAGUUUUGCAGCACGCAGCUGAAGCUCUGAGUCACACUGGCUUUAAUCAGCGUUGUGCUACUCAGGAGACUGUACGUAAAAUGGCUUCUAUGAAGUAUAUGCACCGCGUCCGUUUGACCACCAUGAAUCUGCUUUUGGAUCAGGGAGCUGACCCUAAUAUAUGCAGAGUGCCCUUACCUGUCCUCUUUUUGGCCAUCAUGGCAGCAGAUACUGAGACUGUCAAGAAACUUCUACUCGGUGGAGCACGGACGGAUAUAUAUCUCUCACCAAAGUGGAAAGGCUUCUAUCCUCUGCAUGUGGCUGCAGCAGUGCCAGGUCCAGAGGGUCCAAGAAUCACAAAACUGUUGCUGCAAAGAAACCCUUUAACUAAACCAGAUGCACUGGCAUGCAACCAAGACAACAUCUAUGAACUUGAUAAGCUUUCAACGAUGACAAGACAGUCCUGUAGGAGUGAGAAGCCUCUUCCUAAAGAGGGAGGGCAGACAGCUUUGCACAUAGCCUGCCAGAGAGACACUGACCAUUAUAAUGCCAGCAAGGUGGUAUCCCUCUUGCUGUCCUACAAAGCAAGCACAGACCUCCUCUGGAGUGGACAUUCUCCGCUCUCCUUGGCUAUAGCAAGUGGCAAUAAUAUGGCAGCUGAAGAGCUAUUAAAGAUAGGUGCAGAUCCCAACCUUCCCUUGGGUCGUGGACUGGGCAGUGCCCUUUGUGCCCUUGGAAACUUCAGCUACCGUGUAGAUGCCAGCCGAGUAAAACUGUUGGAGAUGUUGGACAAGGCUGGUGCUGACAUCUUGAUGCCAGUUCAGGUCGGUGAUAUUAUAGGGACUGCAGUGGACUACGUAUACCAGUCCUUCAACCAGGACUCGGGCAUAGCCAACACUCCCUAUCAUGCUCUAAACAUGACGGAGAGAGAAACAUUUCAAACAAAGCGCCAGCUGCUUAGCAUGAUGGGAAAUAUGCUGAAGAAAGCGGUUGCCCAGAGAGAAAGGGGGCAACUACAAAGAGAGGAGUAUCUUCUCCAGAAUGAUCCUAACACAAGCUUUAAAUUCUGUUAUUACUGUGGUUGUUCUUCCAAUGUGAAGUUGACUGCUUGCACCCGUUGCCACAAAGUGUAUUACUGCUCCAUGGCCUGUAAACUGAAAGCAUGGGAUGAGAGACAUAAGGACGAGUGUCAGCGGGAAGCGGGCGCUGCUUUCAAUUUUGACAAAGGACCCAUGUUGACACGCAGAAGACCUUUUCAUGUCCAGUUUGGACCCACAGUCCUGGUUUUUGGAGACAGCAUCUCAGAGUGGCAAACUAUUAACCUGAAGGAAAACUACAGCUUCAACUGA